UGGGACUAAUGGUGUUCUUUAUAUUUGAAAAAAAAUAAGAAACAAAUCUAUUACAAAAUCUCACAAUAAGAUUUGGUUUAAGAGAGUAAAUCCAUUUCUAGAUUUUUCUAAGGUCUCUAGUAGAUUCUGCAUAAUCCAAGAAUGUCUCAUUCCACACGUUGUGCAGCUUGCAAAUCUCUGAGAAGGAGAUGCCCUCAAGAUUGCAUUCUUGCCCCUUAUUUCCCUUCAAAUAAUCCUCAAAGAUUUGCUUCUGUUCAUAAAAUCUUUGGUGCCAGCAAUAUCACUAAGAUUUUACAGCAAUUACCAGUCCAUCAACGAGCAGAAGCAGCAGAUUGCAUGUCAUUUGAAGCAACUUCAAGGAUUCAAGACCCAGUUUAUGGUUGUGUUGGGAUUAUAUCUCAAUUACAGCAACAGAUACUAACCACUCAAUGUGAACUUGCAAUGACACAAGCUCAACUUGCCUUCUACUAUGCACAACAAGAAGCCCAACAAGAGAAACCAAUGGCUCAAUCCCAAAUUCAAUAUGAUGGACCAUCGUGGUGGUUCGAUCCGAACCGGCUAGAGCCCUUUUAUUUGGACCAACCCUUAUUAGACUUUCAUCAACCACCAGGCUUUCUCUAG